AUGCUGCGUUCGCGGCUCUGUUGUCGUGUAAUUCGUCGGUCGACCUCGGAUUCCAACUCCCACAGCGGCAGUGAGGAGAGCUCACAGCAAAUCAGUUUGACCUCCUACCAUGUUCUCAAUGAAGUUACCUUUUCCCGUGGUAAUUGCCCCUUCCUCUCCAAUCUUAUCCUCAAAGUAGAUGGCAAGGAAGUUACCUCCAUUCAAGGCGAUGUGCCGGCCCUCCUAAUCACGCCCAUCAACCCGCACUGCCUCAACUGUCGUCCCCUCGUCCUUCCAAUGGACGUAACCAUCGAGGUCUCCAUCAAUCCGGACGCUCGCGCCAGCGUCGUCUAUCUCUCCAACGACGGGCGUCUGCGUCAUCGACACGUGCUUCGUAAGGGCGAUCGGGCUCUCAUCACCGCCUCACAUUAUCCCGUGCCCUGUUUCUGUAGCGAAAGCAAAGUGGCGGAUUGGUUCUGUGACCUAGCUAACUGUCUGCACUGGAACGUACGUCACCAGCAGAACGAAUUCAAUGAGGCGCGUUUCCUACCGGACAGGUUUCAUGCAUUCUCCACCAAUCACUCUAGUUAA